AUGGCAGACAGGCGGCCCGCGGAGGAAGCCGCGGCCACCGACCUGAGUGACGAUAGUCGCGUGCUUCGUGAACGACACAAAAAACGCGUGGUAGAAAAUCAUCAAUUGAUGAUGACGACUGUGACGACAAAUUUUUCAAGUAGUAAUAGUAAUAAUAAUAAUACCUGCAGUGGUUUUGGUUCUGGUUCUGGUUCCGAUUCUAAUUCUGGUGGUUGUAAUGAGGCGGAGGAUGAUGAUGAUGAUGAUGAUGAUGAGGAUGAAGAUGAAGAUGAAGAUGAUGAGGAGGAUGAAGAUGAGGAUGAUGAAGAAGACGAUGAUGACGAUGAAGACGAAGAAGAUGUACCGGAAAAUAAAUUAAAACCUAAUAAUGGAGUAAAAAAUGGUAAGAGUGUUAAUAGGAAGGCUAACAACAAGGCUGGGUUGUUGAAAAAGUCAACAAUUCAAAAGGAGCAGCGUAUUAGAGUUAAAUACGGAGCUUCUGGAAAUUGUGAAACAGAUGGGAAUAGAGAGCCAACUUCGAUUUCGACCACGGUUCUAGAUGCUGCUGCGGCUGCUGUCGCUGUUUCAGCUAUCCCUGAAACUGUUAAAGAUUUGCACCAGCACAAGCAGCUGAAAAAAUCCAUGUCGAGUGAUGUCGAGGUUGUUGCUAGGUUCGGCAGUCCUUUUAAGGGACAGAUUAGAGCUGCUGAAGACACCCUCGUUGGACCCUGCGGCAAGAAGCGAUGCGCCGAUCGAUACGACAGUUCUGAGAGCUCCGACAGAUGCCUCAAAUCGUUUUUUUGA